AUGGACAAGCAGUGGUUUCCUGCAGCUGGAAUUCUCCUGGCUGCCUUGCUGGCAGGCUCAGCUUCUACCCUGACCCUUCCUUCUACGCAUGAAGACCUUAAGCAGUUUCCUUCAGCCCCUGGCACAUCUGCUCAGCAAAGCAGCAGCAUUCCUCUGGACUUCCUGACAGAAACUGUUGGCCACAUCAACUCAGUUGAGAGGGGACUGGAGGCCCUGGAGAGGAGGGCAGGAGCCCUUUCUACAGAGGCAGUUGGAGGCCAAGAGUUCCCCUCAAUGCCUGGCCUCUUAGGAAGUACCAGGCCCUUGCUCAGGGUCAUACCUGGACCAAUCCCCUCAGCCCUGACCACAUCUGCAGCCCACGUGACUGUUGACUCUCAGCCAGUGUCAUCUGGGGCUGACCCUGUAAAGAAAAACGUGGCCUCUGGAACUCUAGAAACAAUCACUAUGUCAUCGCCACAGCCUUCUCUCACACGUGGAUCCAAGCAGAAGUUCAGCAAGGUCUCCAGGUUGUGUUCAACAGUCCCUGCCUCUGCAUCACUGGAGACAAUUGAUGCACCUAAACCAACAUGGCAUCCAAUAAGAGCUCCUUUUCUCUCCAUAUUUUCUAGAUCUCUGUGCCUGUUAUGGAACACCUCCAGUCCCACUGCAUGGAGGGAUGGCCACUCCAGGCUGGAGGCAUCCUCAGGGAGAUCAGGGCCGGACCUGACCUCCGAAUCCUUUCCAGUGGCUUCUGGGUCAUCUGAAAACACUGUAGCUUUGGGCACAGGCCCAGGAGCCCGUGCUUCUGUGUGGCUGUUGUUCUCAGCAACAUCACCUUCACAUCCAUCCUCCCCCGACUCCCCACCCUCCUCAUCGGCACUGCUCCUGCCUUCAUCCUCAACCCUGGCCCCCAUUUCCUCUGUCACCACAGGAAACAGGGACCCUCCUAAACCCUCUGUGUCUGUGACUGCACCCUCAGCUAUAGACUCUUCCAUUAAAACCUCAAACCUUACACCCCUGAUGGCCCUACGACCCAGCCACCCUAGGCCAUUGGUUUCUACCACCCCAAUCCGCCUGCCCACCCUCUCCCUCCAACAUUUCUCCAAACCUCCCUCUGUCCCACACAGCUCGAGCUUCACAGAGGUAUCUAGGGAUGCUGAUGCUAGCCAGUCCUCUGCCCUGCCUCACCCUGGCCAAGAUGUGACUUUGCAGGACCUGAGUUCCUCCACUCCAGGACCUAGUCAUGUGACUCACUCUGUGACCUUCAGGAUCAACAGCAAAUGCCUCACAACAGCUGUCAGGAACCUGGUAGCCCUGGAGUGCCCGCUGCUGAAUAAGCUUAUCUGCUACCAGCUCCAGCUUAUCUACCAUGAGACCUUCUCCAGCUUCAAGAAUGUCAGUGCCCUGCUGUUUCGGCCUGGUUCUACAGAAGUGAAAGCCUCACUGGUGUUUGGGCAGCCGGAUCCCUCAGCCCUAGAAAUCCUCUGGACUUUGUACCGCAAAGCGAAGGCCUCCAGAUGGCUGCUUGGGUACCUGUCCCUGGCUGACAGCAGCCUCUCCGCUGAUGGGCACAACAUGACAGACCUUACCCUGGAAACCAUCAACAUCAGCUUCACACUCAUGAGGCCCUUCCUGCCCCAGCUGCUUCUGCCUGGUUCGCAACCUUUUAUCCUGUUGGAGAAGCAGAUCCUCCAGCUGGUCACCCAGGAGGUGUCAAGAUUCUACAAGGCUAAGCCCCAGGACCAGCCCCUGCUCCUAUUCAGCAAUGUGAACGAGUGGGUGAGCAUUUACAUGGAAUACAAGUUCAAGAGUUCCAUCCCCACCCACCUCAAAGGCCUGGCCAGUUACCUGGCCCAUCACAUAACAGACCCCACCCUCCAGAAAUCCAGCAUGGUGGCCAAUGGGGAGAAAGCAGAGCUGGCGCUUUAUGAGACUUGGCUCCUGAUCCUGGGUCACCCCUUCACCAAGGCCAUGGAGAACAAGACUCGUUCUGAGUCCCAGGAGCUUCGUGGUCGGCUGACAAAAUGGCUAACCUCAGCCCUCCAGCCUCUGCAGAACUUUGCUCAAGUGGUGGUGGAGGGAUUCCAGCAGGAACCACUGACUGCCAAAGUGCAAGCUGCCUUCUUUGGGGCUGCACCAGCCCAGGCCAUCAUUCAAGACUGCAUGCACCAAGCCCUGAGCUUCCUGCAGGAAACUGAGGGUCUCCAGUUGGAGAUGCUCCUCCCAGCCCUUGGCAUCCCCAGCUUCGAAGCCUCCAGAGGCUCCAGCCAUGGGUUCACGCCAAACCUCCAGCUCAUCACUUCUCUCCUUGUCCUGGUGGCCCUUGGUGCUGCUCCCCACUUCACCGAGAAGCAAAUCUCAUACCUCUCCUAG